CCUGACAUGGCCAAAAGCAGACCCUGAGUGCGGGGAGUGAGCUCUCCCGCGGGAAGCUGAAAACCAUAAGGAGCCUUGCCAAGGGGCCUCACCAAAAUUGAAAAGGACCUUCCUCAGAUUCGAUCGUAUGUGUAUGCAGAAGAGCCAAAUAUUGACAUUCACAACUUCAUGGGAACUUUUACCCGAGAAGACAGCGACCCCCCGAUCAGCGAGAGCCUGAGCAUAGAGAACACGCUGUGGGCUGGCACUGUGGUCGCAUCAGGUACUGUUGUGGGUGUUGUUCUUUACACUGGCAGAGAACUCCGGAGUGUCAUGAAUACCUCAAAUCCCCAAAGUAAGAUCGGCCUGUUCGACUUGGAAGUGAACUGCCUCACCAAGAUCCUCUUUGGUGCCCUGGUGGUGGUCUCGCUGGUCAUGGUUGCCCUUCAGCACUUUGCAGGUCGUUGGUACCUGCAGAUCAUCCGCUUCCUCCUCUUGUUUUCCAACAUCAUCCCCAUUAGUUUGCGCGUGAACCUGGACAUGGGCAAGAUCGUGUACAGCUGGGUGAUUCGAAGGGACUCGAAAAUCCCCGGGACCAUGGUUCGCUCCAGCACGAUUCCCGAGCAGCUGGGCAGGAUUUCGUACUUACUCACAGACAAGACAGGCACUCUUACCCAGAGCGAGAUGAUUUUCAAACGGCUCCAUCUUGGAACAGUAGCCUAUGGCCUCGACUCAAUGGAUGAAGUACAAAGCCACAUCUUCAGCAUUUACACCCAGCAAUCCCAGGACCCACCAGCUCAGAAGGGCCCGACGCUCACCACUAAGGUCCGGCGGACCAUGAGCAGCCGCGUGCACGAAGCCGUGAAGGCCAUCGCGCUCUGCCACAACGUGACUCCUGUGUUUGAGUCCAACGGUGUGACCGAUCAUGCUGAGGCCGAGAAGCAGUACGAAGACUCCUGCCGCGUGUACCAGGCAUCCAGCCCCGAUGAGGUGGCCCUGGUACAGUGGACCGAAAGUGUGGGCUUAAGCCUGGUGGGCCGGGACCAGUCUUCCAUGCAGCUGAGGACCCCUGGUGACCAGAUCCUGAACUUCACCGUCCUGCAGAUCUUCCUUUCACCUAUGAAAGCAAACGUAUGGGCAUCAUUGUGCGGAUACAGGGUUUCACUGUGUUGCCCAGGCUGGUCUCAAACUCCUGGCCUCAACCGAUUCUCCUGCCUGGGACUCCCAAAGUGCUGGAAUUACGGGUGUGAGCCGCUGUGCCCAUCCCUCUAUUUUCUCUUUUUACCCAUGGAAAUCACACUUUCCAUCCUGGGGAGCCUGGAAAAUAUGGUAUUCAUGUGCCGCUUGGUCUGGUUGUUCUGAAGUCUGCAUGAUCAUCUGAUUUUUCCAAGGGAGCUUUAAAAAUACAAAUCACUUGGUUCAAUCCCACACCUAUUUUGGAAUGGGGUGGUUCUUCACAUUAUUUAGCUUGGUUGGAGAAAACUCUGCUUCAGAUCUUAAGAAUCUUUGGAAUAAGGCUCUUUCAUCUUUUCUGGACUUUUUUUUUUUUUUUCUUAACAAAUGAGAAUCGUCUCCACCCUGAUCUACCCAAGUGUCUCAUGCCUCAUGGAGGAAAGAGAUCCUUGCACAUGCAUUUUUAUAGCAGCACAAUUUGCAAUUGCAAAAAUAUGGAGCCAGCCCAAAAUACUCAUCAGUCAACAAGUGGAUAAAGGAAGUAUGACAUAUGAUCAUAUGAUGAUGAUGAAAUGCUACUUAGCCAUAAAAAGGAAUGAAUUAAUGGCAUUCGCUGCAAACUGGAUGGGACUGGGGACUAUUAUCUAAGUGAAAUAACUCAGGAAUGGAAAGCCAAAUGUCGUAUGUUCUCACUCAUAAGAGGGAGCCAAGCUAUGAGGAUGUAAAGGCUUAAGAAUAAUACAAUGGACUUUGGCGAGUCAGGGAGGCUGAAAGGGUGGGAGGAAGGUGAGGGAUAACAGACUACAAGUUGGGUUCAGUGUAUACUGCUCAGGUGAUGGGUGCACGAAAAUUUCACAAAUCACCAUUAAAAAACUUACUCAUAUAACCAAACACCAUGUGUUCCCCAAAAACCUUUGGAAAUUAAGAAAAAGAAUAGAAUGCGUAAGUAGAAGUAGAAAUUGAUAACGUAGGUUGUUGGGCACGUGGCCCUGCCUCCUGCCUGCUGGUGGAGUAUUUGAAAUGAGUCUUGCUGUCACUCCUGGGUAUCAAGGAACGUUAUGCAUUUAUGUGUUCUUUUUU